UGGUGAAUGCAGCUCAUUCAUUCUAUAAUGGUACAACAACUCUGCCCAUCUCGGAUGAGGACAGAACUCCACGUAAAAGAAUUAGCAAGACCUUAAAUAUGACUACAAGUCCUGAAGAAAAGAGAAAAAUUAUUGGUGACACCUUUGUUAAGAUUGCCAAUGAAGUUAUUGGAGAAAUGAAUCUGAAACCUGAAGAAGUUUUUCUUGCUCAGGGUACCCUCAGACCUGAUCUCAUUGAAAGUGCUUCCCUUGUUGCUAGUGGCAAAGCUGAAGUCAUCAAAACUCAUCAUAAUGACACGGAGCUGAUUCGAAAGUUAAGAGAAGAGGGCAAAGUAAUAGAGCCGCUGAAAGACUUUCACAAAGAUGAAGUGCGAGUGCUAGGGAGAGAACUUGGUCUUCCUGAAGAGCUGGUUUCGAGGCAUCCCUUCCCAGGUCCCGGUCUAGCAAUCAGAGUGAUAUGUGCUGAAGAGCCUUAUGUGUGCAAAGACUUCCCUGAAACAAACAACAUUUUGAAAAUAGUUGCAGAUUUUUCUGCAAGUGUUAAGAAGCCACAUACUUUGCUGCAGAGAGUCAAAGCGUGUACAACUGAAGAAGACCAGGAGAAGCUGAUGCAGAUUACAAGCCUACAUUCACUGAAUGCCUUCUUGUUACCAAUCAAAACUGUGGGAGUGCAGGGUGACUGUCGUUCAUAUAGCUAUGUUUGUGGGAUCUCUAGUAAAGAUGCCCCACACUGGGAGUCUCUUAUGUUUCUUGCCAGGCUCAUACCACGCAUGUGCCACAACAUAAACAGAGUUGUGUAUGUGUUCGGUCCACCGGUCAAAGAACCUCCUACAGAUGUCACCCCCACUUUCCUGACAACAGGAGUCCUCAGCACUUUACGUCAAGCUGAUUUUGAGGCUCACAAUAUUCUCAGGGAGUCUGGUUAUGCCGGAAAAAUUAGCCAGAUGCCAAUAAUACUGACACCGUUACAUUUUGAUCGGGACCCCCUACAGAAGCAACCUUCCUGUCAAAGAUCUGUGGUUAUUCGAACUUUUAUUACAAGUGAUUUUAUGACUGGUAUUGCAGCAACUCCUGGUAAUGAGGUUCCAGAAGAGGUUGUGUUAAAAAUGGUGGCGGAGAUUAAGAAGAUUCCCGGCAUUUCUCGCGUGAUGUAUGACUUGACAUCAAAGCCACCAGGAACUACGGAGUGGGAGUAAUUAACUUUUUUCUAUUAAAGUACUGUGUGCAGUCUAAAUCAUAUCAGAAACCAUUCCCAGUGUUGACAUGCAGUACUGUGAAAGAGUGACUGGAGCUGCUACAUCGCAUCAGAUUCCUCUCCUGGAGCAUAAACCUGCAGUUAAGAGCUAUGCUGGGGAUAAUAACUAAGUGGGCCUGAGGAUUUGUACGGGUAAAAAUCAUGGCAGCAUUGCCGGUGCGCAGACAGAUUCCUAUUGCUUUUGCCUUUGUCUUACCGAUUCUUCCUGUUUUCAUGUGUUUUAUUGUUAACUGUCAUUUCAAUGUCUCUUUCUUUUUGUACACUGUGUAAAAAGAGACAGUUUAUUUACUUCUACCAAAAGCAUUCUUAGAGCCUAAAAAUGUAAAAUGAAUUAUCUGUGACCAACUGCUUUUGAACGGAUUUAUUAUAAAUAAAUAUUUUGCCAAAUG